AGUUGGAAACUUGGUCGGGCCCCCAAAACUAAGCUCUGUCUUCACCCUUCGUUCUCAUCACGACCAUCACCGCCAGAUCUCCAACUGCACUCUAAUGGCGGCCCAACAACAGCACCUCGACACCGCAAGCGAUGCAGUACUCGACCAAUUAGAGGCUGCCGAACUUGUCCUCUUCCAUGUCAACGAGUGCUACGUCUAUUUGAUACCUCCGAGGAAGAGCGCUGCUUCUUAUCGGGCUGAUGAGUGGAAUGUAAACAAAUGGGUAUGGGACGGAGCAUUGAAAGUGGUUACCAAAGGGGAAGAGUGUACCAUUAAACUUGAGGAUAAAACUACAGGGGAAUUGUAUGCUAGAGCAUUUUUGAGGGAUGGAGAGCCACAUCCAGUGGAACCUGUAAUUGACAGUAGCAGAUAUUUUGUGCUUCGAGUGGAAGAGGAUAUUGGUGGUCGAAAACGACAUGCUUUCAUCGGUAUAGGUUUCCGAGAAAGGACUGAAGCUUAUGAUUUUCAGGCUGCUCUUUAUGACCAUAUGAAAUAUCUAAAUAAAAAGAAGACAGCUGAAGAGAUGGAACAACAUUUUCAGACAACAUCCUCUGUAGAUUACAGCUUAAAAGAAGGAGAAACUUUGGUGCUUCAAAUAAAGAAUAAAGGAGGCAGCCGAGUGAAGUCCGCAUUCUUCGAGCAGGGCCUAAAUAAGCUUUCUCUGGACGAGAAGUCGGACGCCAAAGGUGCCACAAUUUGCCUUAAGCCUCCCCCACCUCCUGCAGCACCUGUCUCCUCCAUGGAUCUAUUUCAGAGCUCACCUCCUGCUCCACCGUCCCCUCAUGCUGUUCAUCGCAACACAGAUGCCACGAUUGACUCACCCUCGACAACAACAGAGUCUCCAUCCAACAAAUCAUCUUCCACCUCUGAAAAUGCUGAUAUAGAUAAUGAUGAAUUCGGGGAUUUCCAGACGGCGGGUUGACUUAACCAUGCUCUGGUGUGAAUGUCUUGUGUAAUUAAACUACAUAUAUUUUUCUUCUUUUAUGAUAUACAUGCUACAGUCUGUAGAGUAGUUUGUUUGUUUCUUCAAAACCAAAAUCUGGUAUGGAAAAUUUCGCCAUGAACUUGUGCCGAAUUGUUGGAACUUGUUUGAAGUUCGAAGGAAAAUUAAUGGAAAGAAGCCGAAGUGAGGUUCAGUUGGACUUUA